UUUUAUUGCUUUGGUCUAUUCAUGCAUUGGUGACCAUAGUUCUGGAUGAAAAAUUGUAUAUUCCUUUUAUUACUUUGGUCUAUUCAUGCAUUGGUGCUUUUGAUGCAUAUGAACGGAUCAGAAUUAGUUAUUUGGUUGAAGAUUGUCCUCCUCUAGUUGUUGUUAAUGAUGAUUAUAGUUUGUUCUUUUACAUGGCUCUUAAAAAAUCACAACCUAAUUAUGCCAAGUAUCAUUUGUGUGUUGAGUUGUUUCCGCUAUUUGUGUCUACUCUUGCCCACUUCUCUUCGCAACUACUUGCAUUUGAUUUAAAUGUGUCUCCAAAUGGUGAAUUUGGGCAUCUUGAAGACGCUUUUGUCAUGCAUCAUCACACAUUUGAUGUUUCUUCCCCUCAAACUGAAGAUAUGUCUUUGGAUAUGUAUGCUACGAAUGCUGAUAUUUCAAUUCACUCUGGUGAUACAAAUCCAUUACCUACACACGUUUCUGGUUCUAGUAAUGAAGUUUCUUCACCUACAUCUUCAGACGGUGAAGGUCUUGCGGGUAAUGAACACUCUGAUUUAGACUAUUUUCAUGAUUUUCAAGAUAUCCAAGUAAUCUGUCAUUUUCAUCAUACUCGUAUUGCUACAAAGUCUAUCUACAAGGAUAAGAGAUCAUUAUCCCAUCAUUUGAAGAUGUAUGUCAUUUUAAAUCUUUUCCAAUACACGACAAGAACAUCAACUAGAAAAUUCUUGCAUGUUGUUUGUGUUGAUGAUGAGGCUUGUGAUUGGGAUGUACAUGCAGUGAGGUUGGAUGGAUGCCAAAUGUUUCAAAUAGGAAGGUCAUUUAUUCAUUAAUGUUACUCAACUGCACAUUUAAAAUCUUAUGUUGUACUCCCUUCGUCCCUUAAAACUUUGCCAACUUUCCUUUUUUGGAUGUCCCACUAACUUUGCCACUUUCCCAUUUAAGGAAAGAAUUUGUGGUUCCAGUUAAUUCUCUCUCCUCCGCACAAAACUCAACCACACAGUUUUUACUUUAUUAAUCCCUGUGUCGGUCAAACUUGGCAAAGUUUGAAGGGACGGAGGUAGUACUAUUUUUCACUUAUUGUCUACUUGCUGUCUUUUUAAUGCUAUUUACUGUUGUACAAUUUCCCUGAUUUGAUUCAGUGCAUACAUGCUCAUUGGAUGUGAGGCAAGGUCCCAACCGCCAAGCUACCAAAAAAAUAAUUGUUGAACUCAUCAAACACCGGUAUGCGGAUGCAUCUAGGAAACCUUAUGCUCCAAAAGAUAUUAUUGUUGAUUUAAAUAGAGAUUAUGAUUUGACUAUACCGUAUAAAAAGCUUUGCUUGCAAACAAGAAAGCUCAAGAAAAGAUGAUGGGUUCAGAUGAGCAGUCAUAUCAAUUGUUACCCUCCAUUGCAUAUGUUCUUAAAUAGAAACAUCUUGGUUCAUUGAUUUUGUUAGAUGUUGGUGUGCGUCGAUUUAAGUCUUUCUUCAUGUCAUUGGAUGCUUAGAUUCAAGGCUGGAAACAUUGUUUUCCAGUUCUUAUUAUUGAUGGUUCGCUUAUGAAAGCGUAUUACAAGGGUACAUUACUGACUGCAUGUGCUCAAGAUGCUAACAACCAAAUUUUCCCUUUGGCGUUUGGUGUGGUUGAUAUUGAGCGAAGAAAAACAUGGACUUGUUUUUUUUAUGAAACUGAAGGAGUGUCUUGCGUAUAGGGAGGACUUGUAUAUAUAUUGUUUCAGAUCGUCACGAUGGUCGAUGGUAUUAUACAUGCAACAAAGUGGUGUUUCUGCAUGCUGGACACGGCUACUGUGCGUACCAUAUCCUAGGAAAUAUUAGAUCAAAGUUCAAGGGGUCUACUACAAGUCUUGCAUGGAAGUUUAAUCAGGUUGUUAGGGCUGCCAGUCCUACUUAAUUUGAAGAGUAUAUGGCUUUAUUAGAUGCAGAAGAUUGCCGUAUCCGUGAUUAUUUGGAUGAAAUAAGUGUUGAGAAAUGGGCUCGCUGUUUUUGUACUUGUUCUAGGUAUUCUGUGAUGACAUCUAACAAUGUCGUGCCAGUGAAUUCAGUGCACCGUGUGCCCUGUGAGUAUCCUAUAGCAAAACUGAUAUAUUUUUUUGCGUGGAUGGAUGCAAAAAUGGUUUUGCGAUCGUCAUGAUGCGUCAUCAAGUUGUAAACCAAUUCUUUAUGCCCAUUUUGAGUCUCAACUUCGUUCUUAUCACGGCGAGGCAGCUCUUAUGAGUUAUUUUUUAUUUUGUUUUAGGUGAAUCCUGCUAGUCAAUAUGAAUUUGAGGUGGUGGACAGAACAUCUAGAAGCUUCGUUGUUAAUUUGAAAAACAAGACAUGCUCAUGUUGUGAAUUUCAACUUGAUCACUUUAUAUGUGUACAUGGAGUUGCAGUUGUAGGCCAUCAUCGAGGUUUAUCGUGUUACGAUUACAUCUCAAAGUUUUACUUCACACGGGAGUGGGUUGCUGCUUAUAUAGGGGAAGUUCACCCUCUUGGUUCUCGUUGUGAUUGGGGUGUUCCUGCUUAUGUGGCGUAUGAAAUCUGCAGGCCACCUACAUGCUUGACACGCCAACCCGAUAGACCUAAAAAGAAGCGUAUUUCUUCAACUGGAGAGUUUGGUUCCCGACAUCGGUGUUCACAGUGUAAGAAAGGACACAAUAAGAAGUCUUGCACAAAUCCUAUCUCAUUCUGUGGACUUCAGUUUCAUAUUUUUCUGUGAUUUUGUUUUUAUUUCCUAUAGUAAUAAUUGUAAGACUUUUAUUCUUUUUAUUCAUCACUAUUGUUAGCUGCCACGGUUUGUUGGCAUCAGACUCUUUUUUCAUUGGAAUACCUUUGGAGUUUCAUUAUAUGUACUUUUGUUAUUCAUACUCACUUUAUUGGUUGUUGAAAAGCAAGCAAUUUUUGCUGAUAUGGAUGCAAAUUAUUG